CAUCAAAGUAUAUUGCACAAACAGCUAGAGCAUUAAGUUAUAUUCACCAAAAACACGUUAUUCAUCGAGAUAUAAAACCAGAAAACUUGUUGAUAGAUUUGAAUGAUGAGAUCAAGAUUGCAGAUUUUGGAUGGUCUCAUAAAACAUUUUGUGGUACAUUGGAUUAUUUUCCACCCGAAAUGAUAGAAAGCAAAGAUCAUAAUGAAAAGAUAGAUCUUUGGUCACUUGGUGUUUUGUGCUGUGAACUUUUGACUAGUACUGCACCAUUUGAAGAAACUGGUCAUACUGCAACAUAUAAAUGA